AUGGAUUUCCUUAAAUCCGCCGUCGCCUCCGCGAUAGCAAAAGGCAGCUCGCAACCUUUCUCUCUAGGCGACAGAGUGGACAUUGGCGAUUCGAUCUGGACUUUGCACAACGGUACGAAACGGGAUGACAGCUCCGCGUGCAGUGUUUUCACAUUCGAUAUCGCUGCCAAUAAGUCACGUCUUCCGUUGGCGAAGAAUGCAGUGCGGAAGUCGAGGACCUUGCGCCAUCCUGGCGUGAUCAAGGUUCUAGAUACGAUCGAGACCGAGUCAAAUCUUUAUAUCGUUACCGAACGAGUCGUCCCGCUUCCAUGGCAAGUCAAGCGUCGGAGUUUGAGCGAGGAAACCGCGAAAUGGGGUUUAUACACUGUCUCGUCUACACUAAAGUUUAUCAAUGAAGAUGCCUCCUCCGUCCAUGGCGCUGUGCGUUCGUCGUCGGUCUAUACCAGUGAAAGCGGAGAGUGGAAGCUGGGUGGAUUCGACAUCCUGAGCUCGAUGAAGGAGGAUGAUGCUAUUAUAUAUACGUAUGGAAGCAUCGUGCCUGAUGCAGCUCGAUUCACACCCCCAGAAGUGGUCAAGGGAGGAUGGGAGGUUAUUAAGCGCAAUCCAUUAGCAGCGGUGGAUGCUUAUGGCUUGGGAGUUCUGAUCUUUGAAGUCUUCAAUGGUCAAUUUUCAGGUGGAGAUCAAAUUGGCAAGACCACAAACAUUCCCCCAAGUAUGCAUCAAAGCUACAAACGUCUUUGCACUGCCAAUCCCAAGCUUAGACUGAGCCCGGGUCACUUUGUUGAACAGGGUAAAAAGCAUGGCGGGUUCUUCCAAACUUCUUUAAUCCGAUUGACAGAGGACAUGGAGAGCCUAGGUUUGAAGAGUGAUGCCGAAAGGGAAGAAUUUAUUAAUGAACUUGAUAAUCUGUCUGAUGAUUUUCCCGAAGACUUUUUCAAAAUGAAGGUUCUCCCAGAGUUACUCAAAUCUGUUGAAUUUGGCGGUGGUGGACCAAAGGUUCUAAGUGCUACGUUGAAGAUCGGUUCCAAGCUUUCGGCAGACGAGUUCAAUGCUAAGUUGACCCCUGUCGUUGUGCGCCUAUUUGGUAACCCCGAUCGAGCUCUCCGUGUGUGCUUGUUGGACAAUUUGCCUUUGAUGAUUGACAACCUUCCCCAGAAGGUUGUCAAUGACAAGAUCUUCCCUCAGAUGACUUCUGGUUUCACCGACGUUGCGCCAAUCGUGCGAGAGCAGACUGUCAAAGCUGUCCUCUCAGUCAUCAACAAGCUCAGCGAUCGAGUGGUUAAUGGAGAACUACUCAAAUUUUUGGCUCGUACUGCUAAUGACGAGCAGCCUGGAAUUCGAACAAAUACUACUAUCUGCCUUGGACGGAUUGCGAAAAAUUUGGGACAAAGUAAGACACGGUCCAAGGUCCUUAUUGCUGCCUUUACAAGGGCCAUCCGCGAUCCCUUCGCCCAUGCCCGCGUUGCUGGUUUGCUUGCCUUGGGUGCCACCAUAGAUGUAUUCACCGAAGAAGAUUGCGCUGGGAAAAUUCUACCAGCCAUUUGCCCGGCGUUGAUAGAUAAGGAGAAGCUCAUCCGAGACCAAGCAAACAAGACACUCGAUCUUUACCUCCAACGAGUCCGGAAAUUCGGCAGCACGAUGGCAGACACAGUCCUGCCACCUGCUGCCCCCACUGAAGCCGAACCUAGCAAGCCCGAUCCACGAGCCGCCAACUCAAAUGACAAGUCUUGGGCUGGAUGGGCAAUUUCAUCAUUCACCAAUAAGAUCGCAACCGCCGAUGGUGAGAUUGAACCGACCGCCAGCGUUGUUACCACUGCCGAACCCGACACUGGCCGAUCUGCAUCUGUCCCUCGCCCCGCCAAAUCAUCCCCUUCCACGCAACUUGACUUGCCCAAACAAACAUUACGCCCCACUGCCCAGCCGCUAGGUCGGUCCAUGUCCGACCGACCUCCUCCCGUCGUCUAUGAACCUCCGGAGGAAGAGGAAGGAGAUGAUGUUUUUGAUGCAUGGGGCGCAAUGGACGAUGAUGAAAACGACGUAGAUACCUUCACAGCUGCCGUGGCCUCUCCAAGCCCAUCGUCGCCUGAUCCCUCGGCGAACAAAUCUCCUGCUGUACCCUAUGACGACGGUGGUGAGCCUGACUUUGCAGGAUGGCUGGCUGCCAAGAACCAAGUCAAAGCCAAGAAACCUCUACCUAAGGGUCUCGGCAAAGCGGGCUCUUCUACUUCCAGUACCAUUAAAGUCUCUCCCAAGCCGCGCGUCGUGGCUGCACCUGCCAAGAAGAUUGAUACGAAACCGAAGGAAGUGGAUGAGGAUGAUGGAUGGGGAGAUGCGUGGGAUUAG